CCAAAAUCAAGGUCGCCUGAGCAGCCACGCCAGGGUCUGAUUGAUCGGUCGAGAUUAAAUAUACGGUUAAUCUUGUCCUCCACGGCACUUGAUGUUGUCAGCCUACAUUUCCUCUCUCACACACUUCAAGUGAUCCAGUCUACCUCGCCCUCGUUACAACUCGGGUCACCUAACAGGUCUAUCUCUAUCUUCUGGGUAGCCUGCCAUUUCUCUUCCCGGACAUCUUCCCCGGAAGUUUCUUUCUGCACAUAGGCAAACAGCAUUGCCAUUACGGUCACGUGGGUUCUGUUAGUCUGCAGACUGGUUCACACCAACCUACACCACCACUACUUAGUCUCUGAGAUCAGAGCGGGCUUAGCCCAUCUUUUACUUUUGUUAACGUCAAACUUAAUCAUAACUCAGCCAUGCCUUCAGCAAUCGCAGUCGAGGUGCCCUCACCGGCCCCUACAGGCAAGAUGACGCCGCCCCUCCUUCUCCAGCCCACCAAGCUGGAUGAGCAAGCUUUGGAGACCGCCUCUAAGAUACUUGACAUUAUCUCUCGCUAUCGACUGAGCCACAAGCAGACCCCAAAAUCCAACGAGGGAGACUUGAAGUUCCUGGCCCAGAUUUACAGCAAGGUUAGGGCGGGUCGGGUGAUUAACAUGUGCCUGCCCGCAUUCCCUUUCAAGUCGCCCAACUCAACUACAAAGGUUCUUGGUCACCUUCCGGACAAGGCAGAAGAGGUUGCCCUCGCUCACCUCAACGGCUUGUGCAACGGCAUCAAGAACAUCUACCCUCCCGGCGCCGAGCUCACCAUCAUCUCCGAUGGCCUUGUAUAUAAUGAUCUUCUCGGCGUCCCAGAUCGAAAUGUCUGGGCGUAUGGUGAGGCACUCCGUGCCAUGAGCGUAGCCAAGGAGUUCAACAACAUCAAGUUCAACCGCCUCAAGGACCUGGUGCACGUCGAUGUGCCAGAUGAGAUGGACGACAUCACAUAUGUCACAAACGCUACGAACUUUCGUCUGGCCCUGCUGAACUCAUUCAGCAAGCGUGACUACGACGUCGACCUGAAGAUCGCCGACCACGAGGACACUUGCCUGACUUAUCGAGGAUAUCUGAAGUUCCUGGAGACCGAUCUGCAGACUGUUUACCCAAUCAACGAGGAGAGGUCAAGGAAGAAGUACAAGAAGGGACUUGGGUACAUUGCCAAGCAAAUGCUGUUCCGUGGAGAUGCUUUCGCACGUGCCGUCAGAGAAACCUUCUCCGACCACAUCCGACUUUCAAUUCACCCCUCCACCGGUGAAACAAAGAUCUCGGUCAGCCCACUGCCAACCGAUACAUUCUACACCACACCAUGGCACAGCACGGUAGCUUUCAGGCUCGACGGUACCGUUACCAGCGGCCUCCGAGCCGACUUUGAGAACGACCCGAAGAUGGAGCUGGUCUACGAGAAUGGUCGACCGAGCUACUUCCGCGAGAAGUCAGAGCUGCUCUCUUGGGCGGAGGAGAAGGGCGGCAUCACCUGCGAGCCAAUCUACCCAUCUGGUUUCAUGAUCCGGCCUGCUCUCGGCCACGGGAAGCUGUCCAUCCACGACGUCGACUCAGCAAAGGUCCGGGCGCUUUCAGAGAUUAACUCCCCCAUAGUCAUGCGCGGCUUCUCCCAGACCACAGACCGAGACCUGUUUGUUGCGAAAUCACAAGAGCUUGGCACGCCUCUGCCGUGGAAGUUCGGUCUCGUGCUGGAGGUGAAGGACCGCGGCGCAGACACGAGGGGUCUCAACAAUGUCCUCUCUGCCGAGUGGAUGCCCUUCCACUACGACGGCCUGUUCAAGACUGAGAAGCGAACCAAGGAGGACGGAACAGAGGAGUUGGUUUCUGUCCCACCUCAAUUCCAAUUCUUCACGGGCGUGACAAGCUCCCCCAAGACGACCGGCUACACCCUCUUCUCCAGCUCCACCCUGGUCUUCAAGUACCUCCCGGAGGACGUCGACCUCGACUACCUGCGCAAGCUGACCUGGGGCGUGAGCACCUCGUCCUUCGACGCGACCAAGCUGCGCGGCCUGCCGCUGGUCAUCGACCACCCGACGACGGGCAAGCCGUGCCUGCGGUACCACGAGCCGUGGCCGCAGACCAAGACGGCCUUCGACCCGACCUACGUGACCAUCGAGGACGAGAACGGGCCCGUCGAGAACAACGACGCCCUGUGCGCCGCCAUCGACAGCCUGCUGCACGACCGCCGCGUGGCGUACUGGCACUCGUGGGAGAAGGGGGACCUGGUCAUCUCGGACAACAUCCUGAUGAUGCACACCCGGAGCGACUUCACUGCCGGCUGUGAUCGGGAGCUGUGGCGUAUCCACUUUGACUGAGGUCUUGGUGUUCCUGUCGGGUGUAAAACAGAUUGUAGAUAAAAGAUACCUAGGUAGCAUGUGCAUUCAGCGGAAUUGGAUUUUUAACUUUUUGAGA